UACACAAAUGGCUGCAGUUACACUCACAGCCGAUGGCUGUGUGAAUAACAACAAAUUCAUACCUAGGCGCGAGUUAUGUGUUAAAACGCAUUACAUUUCUAAUCUUUGAAAGGCUUCAAACUAUGACGUUCAUCGAACGCUCGAAAACGGGUUUCAAGUUACAGAGUAAAAAACAGUGAUUGCGUUUGUCCUUGAGAAUUAUUGAAUACGCGACAAAUACGUGCAAAAAAUAAUUCUACACAUUCAGAAUCAAUCAAAUUUCUUGUAACUAUGGUGAAAGGAAAAAGGAACAGCAUAACUUUUACCGUCAAGUCAAACUCUGCCGAUUUCCUUCGCGUUCUCACUGCCACAUUGAAAAAAGAACGCUACCACAAUGCAGCGCAAACGGAGUGCGCAAACCGUCCGUCUUGCAUGCACGAAAAUAUUCACCGAAUCAUCAGAAGGUCAAACACCUUGAAUAAAUCAUGUCAGCUGAGAAGAUUCGCCUACCUUAAAAAGCGUGGAGUUCUGAAGAGAUUAGACACUGUCGAGGUUGUCAUUGGGGAUGGCGGCUUCCUUUACUGCAUGGAGCGGCGUGGUUAUGUUAAAGCAGGCGCCUGGACACCAGAGGCUACUGUAGAACACCCAGAAGCUGUUCGACAGCUUCACAGUGAAUUUCUGAGAGCCGGAGCUGAUGUAAUGCAAACAUUUACAUUUUAUGCCAGUAAAGACAAGCUGGAAAAUCGCAGCCAUUCAGCUGGACAGAUCGGGGUUAAAAAAAGGGUGUAACGCUUUAAAAACCUAAUUCAUGCAGUUGUGUGAUUAUUCCAUUGUCAACCGGUUCUAAGCCCAACAGUCCGCCUUCCCCAUAAGAUCAAACCAUUCACGCCAAAAACAAAAUAAAUACAUAGAUAAAUGAACAUGUUAAUAGAUAAGGUAAUAAAAUUUAAGAAGUAAAGAACAGUGGGCUAAGUUUUAAUCUUGGACCUAAAAAUUUAAGAA